GAGUGCACUCCAAGUGAAAUCCUGCUCAGAGGGAAGAGGCACCUCCCAGUGCUCCCAGUGCCCCAGGACUCUGGGAAUGCCCAGGGUCUGUGCUGGUGCUCCAGGGCUGAGCUCCCAGGAGCCGAGUUCCAGCCCUCAGGAAGAUGCUGAGGAACGACGGUGGAGAACAGAACCAAUGAGCACCAGCCUCUGUAGGGUUGUCCACUCCCCAGAGGUAGCUCACAGAGCACAGGGAAGUCCUCCUGGCAGGAAGGUCUGAGUCAUAAAGAAAGUGAGAAGGGAGAAGACGAGUUGACAAGGACUGGGCUGAAAUGGGGAAUCUUCGUGUGGCACCUGAUGAGAGAUGUUAAUGCCAUGGAUUGGUGCCCAUCCUCAGAGUCCAAGAGCAUUUUCUGGGGCAAUUUGCAAGUCCUGCAUGGAAGGGAGAGAGGAACUGUUGUGCAGUAGGAUGUGUGUUGGGAAGAGGAUGAGUCCUUGGUAGCCGGGUGCCUGACGAUGCCGAGCAUAUUUUCCUACCAGAGUGCCGAGGUGGAUUGGUGUGAGAGCAACUUCGAGCGCUCGGCGGUGAUUGCUGAGUACUACAACACCAUCAGCAAUGUCAGCUUCUUCAUGCUGUCUCCUGCGCUGCUGUACCUGAACCGGCAGUACUGCCAGAAGAAGGCUGUGCCCCUCUACUUUGUCUCAGGACUGCUCAUCCUCGUAGGUGUCUUCUCCAUGUACUUCCACAUGACCCUGAGCUACGUGGGACAGCUCUUGGAUGAGCUCUCCAUCCUCUGGACGCUGGCUGUGGCUUACUCCUUCUGGUACCCACAGGCUUACUUCCCCAAGUGCAUCAAGACCAGGAGGCAUUUCUUCUGGCUGACUGGUAUCACCACCGUGAUCAGCACCUUCAUGUCCUUCAUCAAGCCGACCCUCAAUGCCUAUGCGCUCAACUGCAUCGCCUUCCACCUGCUGUACCUCACCUGGAGGGAGCUCAAGAAGUGCAAUGACAAACGGGUUCACCGGAUGGCCGCGGUCAUGGUCAUGUGGUGGGCACUGGCCAUCACCAGCUGGAUCAGUGACCGGUGGCUCUGCUGGCUCUGGCAGGCCAUCAACUUCCCCUACUUCCACAGCUUCUGGCACGUGCUGAUAGCCCUGUCCCUGCUGUACUGCUGCCCACUGGUCAUCUACUUCGACGUCAGCUACGAGAUGCCCUCGUUCAAGCCAAAGCUGGAAUAUUGGCCCAGCGACUCAUGGCCUGUUGUGGUGCCCUACGUCACCCUGGAGGAACCCCACAAGCAGUGCUAGAGCUGGGUGCCCUCAGGCCUCCCUGGGGCAUGGGGUGUGUGAUGCUCACGUGGGGAACAUCUCAGUUGUGUUCCUCCUGUUCCUCAGGAAGGGGCAGAGUGGUAGCAGAGGGGGCAGGGAGCAGCUGAGGCCUCAUGAUGCUGGGCAUGAAGCAAGGUGGGAGCCCACAGGUGCCUCAGAAGGCUCUGCCCAGGCUGGUGUUCAGGGAGCUGGAGAUUUCCUCCUGCAGAUCCCCACGAGGAGGGGAGGGACACGGUGCUGCUUCUGUGUCCUCUGUGUUAGUCAAGCACCAGCACCCCUUGCUGACAAGGGGACUGCGGAGAACACUGAAGCCAAACUGGUGACAGCUGGGUUUGUUGGGGCUGCUCUAAUUAUUAUUAUUAACUCUAUUUAUUGAUUUAUGUGGUCUUACUCAGGAGAGCUGUGCAUUAAAGCUGUGGACACUGACUUAUA